CCAAGUAUUUAUAUAGAAGGGAUUACCUGAUUUAGAGAUUAUAACACAAAAAAAAAUAAACCCGACAUUGAUUGUGAAAGAUUAGAAAAAUGGGGGGAGUUUCAGCCGAAAAAGAAGAGUUUUUGCUACAUUUAAAUUCUCACGUAUACCUUAAUAUUCACACAUAAUAAAUAUACAUGCAAGUGGGAUUCUCACACAACUUGUGUAUAUCUUGUGGGGUAUAUUGGUUCUUUAGCACAUGCAUGUGUUUAUUAUCUAGUAAGCGUCAGAACUUUAAACACGCAAUAGUAUCACCCCACUCUUUGGUUAUCAUCGUUCCGAUACUUCCUACAUCAAAAUACAAAAUGAAGCCACAAGAUAACCGGUCACGUACACCAUGUUUUGUUAUCAAGCUUGCUAUUUUAAUUUUUCCUUUUAUUCAUAUACAAAAAACGCGCUUACAACAACAAUGUCGACUUCAGUAGAGAAUUUUGAAAUCUUUAGCAGAAUCCAACCCCAAGAAUAUUUGAAACGUUUCCUUGAUCAAGAUGUUCGACCCGACGGAAGAUUAUUAAAUCAGUUUAGAAAAACCAUGAUUACCUCAGGUGCUAUUUCGACUGCUAAUGCUAGUGCUAUGGUACGUUUAGGUGGUACCACUGUUGUUUGUGGAAUCAAAGCUGAAGUGUGUGAACCCAAAUUAAACGUUCCCAACCAAGGGUUUUUAGUCCCCAACGUCGAACUAUCACCUUUAUGCUCACCUAAAUUUAAACCUGGACCUCCUUCAGAGAAAGCACAGGCCGUAUCCGAAUUUAUUAAUCAACUCUUUAUAAAAUCAAACAUUUUUCCCUUGGAAAGUUUGUGCAUCGAAGAAGGAAAGGCAGUGUGGGUAUUAUAUGCUGACAUUGUAUGCUUAAAUUAUGACGGCAAUAUAUUGGACGCAAGUUUAUUAGCAUUGACUACGGCAUUAAAAGAUUUAAAGUUACCAAAAGCAGAAGUUUCUCCCUCAAUGGUAGUUGAGGUUGAUGCUACAACAUACACAGAACCCAUUCAACUCUCACGAUUCCCUGUUUCAUCCACCUUUUGUAUUUUCAAUAACCCUCAAGUCAUCUUAUCCGACCCAAAUGACACUGAAGAAAGUUUAGCAAAGGAAGUCGUGACCAUCGUUACUGACUUGGAUCACAAUCUCGUAAGAAUUUAUAAGAAUGGUGGAACUACAAUUGAUGUAAACGGAUUAAAACAAUGCAUUGAAAACGCAAAGAAAAGAACCAAUGAAAUUAAAUUACUGAUAGAUGAAGCACUCUUAUAAAAAUAGUGUGGGUUUUUUUUACCCCACAGAAUAUGAUGAUAAUAAAAAAAAAAGUGUGUGAGAAUGAACAUAUUUGGGUGUCAAACCGCGGCGCAUUUGACAUAAAUAUCAAUAAUUGACGGAUUUUCCCUUUUGAC